AUGAAGCACGUCAAACCCACGGCACGAGCCGCCGGGGAUACUUUUGUUGUGCAGUUUCUUUCGCCAGGAUACUUAUUCCAUGUCGGAGUUGACCUUGUGCUUGCGUCGAUGGUGCUUGCCGGGAUCAAGCUUGUGACGGGCUACGAGCUUUCGCCCCACAGCGUGGCGCACACGGAGAACGCCAUUUCGUUUGUGAAGCGGUACCUCCAGCUGGGGGAGUGGCUGUUCCAGCACGCAUGCAGCAGGGCGGUGAAGUCGCCGAGCUUCAAGCGGGUGAACUGGAAGGAGAUGAGCCAGUCGUUCAGUUCGAACUUCCUUGGCAGCACCAUGCGGCUCAUGGACGACUUCCAGAAGGCGUUCGACAAGUCAACCGGGGCCCCAGGCGCCCGGAAGAUCGAGGAGCUCUAA